AAUUUCAAAAAAUCACACUUCAGUCUCUACUCACUCCACUCCCAACGAUAAUGGAUGGGCUUUCUUCACUCUCCACCCCACACUUCCCCGCCACCAUCCUCGCCGCCACCCACCACUCAUCCACCACCACCACUUCCAUCUCUUUCUCCCUCAAACCAAACUCUUCUCACAAUCCCACCACCACCACCACCACCACCACCACCUCCUCCUAACAUCCGCCGCCCCAACAAAACUCAACCCUCCCCCACUCCCAAAAUCCCCUCUAACCCCCUCAAAAACCUCAGUAACCCCACCCAUAUACCCACUCCUCACUCUCUCACCACCAAGCUCUCUCUCACCUCCAAACUCUCUCCUCCUCCACCUCCACCUCCACCACCACCUCCACCUCUACCCCCGCCCCCACGGCCACCCCUGAAAGCCAAAUCCCAGAAUUCAAAUCCCGUGGAAGUUGAAUUACGCCAAGAAAACAAAAUCUUCGUGGGGAACUUACCUAACUGGAUAAAGAAGCACGAGGUAGCCGAGUUUUUCCGCCAAUUCGGCCCCAUAAAUAACGUCAUUCUCAUCAAGUCUCACAACAAAACCGACCGAAUUGCCGGUUUUGGGUUCGUGAUUUAUGGAGGUAACAAUGCUCUGGCGGCCAAGUCGGCCAUGAAGGCGGUGGAGUUCGAUGGUGUGGAGUUCCAUGGGAGAGUGUUGACUGUGAAAUUGGAUGAUGGGAGGAGAUUGAAGGAGAAAACGGAGGAGAGAGCGCGGUAUAUUGAGGGUGAUGACCGGGUGGAGUAUCGGUCUAACUGGCACGAAGAUAGGGACAGCUCCCGGAGGAGCUUCCGGAAGGUUUUGGAGACGGAGCCGGAGAAUUGGCAGGCUGUUGUCCAGUCUUUCGAGAGAAUUAAGAAGCCUUCUAGAAGAGAGUAUGGCUUGUUGGUCACUUAUUAUGCAAGGCGAGGGGAUAUGUAUCGUGCACGUGAAACUUUUGAGAGCAUGCGAGCAAGAGGAAUAGAGCCAAGUGCACAUGUCUACACAAGCCUUAUUCAUGCUUAUGCAGUUGGCAGAGACAUGGAAGAAGCAUUAUCUUGUGUCAGGAAAAUGAAGGAUGAGCGCAUCGAAAUGAGUGUGGUGACUUAUAGUAUUAUUGUUGGGGGAUUUGCGAAACUUGGCAAUGCUCAAGCUGCAGAUAACUGGUUCAAGGAGGCCAAAGAGAGACAUACAACUCUGAAUGCAAUCAUUUAUGGGAAUAUUAUAUAUGCUCACUGUCAAACAUGCAAUAUGGAUCGAGCUGAGGCAUUGGUGAGGGAGAUGGAAGAAUCAGGCAUAGAUGCCCCUAUUGAUAUAUAUCAUACUAUGAUGGAUGGUUACACAAUGGUUGGCAAUGAAAAUAAAUGUCUGGUUGUGUUUGAGCGACUAAAGGAAUGUGGCUUUACACCAUCAGUUAUCAGUUAUGGUUGUCUCAUCAAUCUUUACACUAAGAUUGGGAAGGUUUCUAAAGCCUUGGAAGUUAGCAAAAUGAUGGAAUCAUCUGGCAUUAGACAUAACAUGAAGACCUACUCCAUGUUGAUUAAUGGAUUUUUAAAGUUAAAAGAUUGGGCGAAUGCAUUUGCAAUUUUUGAAGAUUUGGUUGAGGAUGGACUGAAGCCUGAUGUAGUGCUCUACAAUAAUGUCAUCAGUGCAUUCUGUGGGAUGGGUAACAUGGAUCGUGCCCUUCAUACUGUCAAAGAAAUGCAGAAGGAGAGGCAUAGGCCUACUACACGUACAUUUAUGCCCAUCAUACAUGGUUUUGCAAGAGCAGGAGAAAUGAGAAAAGCCCUAGAGGUUUUUGAUAUGAUGAGGAUGAGUGGAUGCAUUCCCACUGUGCAUACCUACAAUGCUUUGAUUCUUGGCCUUGUUGAGAAGCGUAAGAUGGAUAAGGCUGUUAAAAUUUUAGAUGAGAUGACACUGGCAGGCAUAAGUCCAAAUGAGCAUACAUACACAACCAUUAUGCAUGGUUAUGCAUCAUUGGGGGAUACAGGAAAAGCAUUUGAGUAUUUUACUAAAUUGAGGAAUGAAGGUUUGGAGAUUGAUGUGUAUACAUAUGAGGCAUUGCUGAAGGCUUGUUGCAAGUCAGGCAGAAUGCAGAGUGCUUUGGCAGUGACAAAAGAAAUGAGCUCUCAAAAGAUUCCAAGGAACACCUUUGUUUAUAACAUAUUAAUUGAUGGAUGGGCUCGAAGAGGUGAUGUUUGGGAGGCUGCAGACCUUAUGCAACAAAUGAAACAGGAGGGGGUUCAACCUGAUAUCCAUACUUACACGUCCUUCAUAAAUGCUUGUUGCAAGGCUGGAGACAUGCUGAGAGCAAUGAAAACAAUUAAAGACAUGGAAGCGUUGGGGGUAAAGCCAAAUGUCAAAACCUAUACCACAUUAAUACAUGGUUGGGCACGUGCAUCUCUUCCAGAAAAGGCCUUGAAAUGCUUUGAACAGAUGAAGUUGGCUGGAUUGAAGCCGGAUAAAGCUGUGUAUCAUUGCCUGAUGACAUCUCUGCUGUCGAGGGCUACUGUUGCUGAAGCUUACAUUUAUUCUGGAGUUUUGUCAAUAUGUAGAGAGAUGAUAGAAUCUGGGUUGACUAUUGAUAUGGGGACUGCCGUUCACUGGUCGAAGUGCUUACGCAAGAUUGAAAGGACAGGUGGGGAGCUUACAGAAGCCUUGCAGAAGACUUUCCCUCCUGAUUGGAACUCACGGCAUACUUCAGAUGUUUAUUCCAAUGUAGACACUAACGAUGAAUCUGACAUUAGUGGAGAUGAAGAUGACACCUAUGUUGCUGAUAGAACUGGUGGUGAUGAUAUUUAUGAUGAUAGUGACGAAGAUGACGAGGAUGAUUUGAACCUCAGAUCAUAUUUUUAAACCAUAUAUCUGCAGCUAUGGACAGUGCAUCUCGUGCCUAGCUCACCCCAUUGGUGAUACAAUUGAUUAGUGGACCCCGUUGCCUCCCUCCAUCUGAAGCUGUAAGAUCCAAUAUAAGUUAGAUCUAUUGGGACAGCAUUUUGUCAGAUCAAGGAGGCCUUAACCCUUAUUUUCAUAUUUAUUUGUAUAUAACAAUUGAUUUUUGGUAUGUAAUGUAUUCCAAUAUGUCUAUAACUGAUUCCAAUACAAACAUCUGAUGAUUUUAUUUUA